AUGGGAUUAGGUUACUCUGAUCUUCAUGUUUAUUUUUACAGCAAAAAGGAUCAAGCAUACGGUAGUGGAUAUACUGUAACGCCUACACAAAAAACUUUCGAAGGAUGUAGUGAUUUUCAGGUGAUUACUCAUGCUAUAUCAUUUACUAAACCUGAUGAUGGGUUAAAUUACAACGUUCUAUUAUAUGAUGGUUAUGAUAAUAAGACUGAAGGUAACUAUGUGUUCGGUUAUUAUUAUCCUCGUAAUCCUAACGAAGUAAUUAAGCAAGUCGAUGUAUAUUACUCAGUUUUAGCACCUAAUGUUCCUCUUGUUAUUUCAUUCGUUACAAAAGGUGAUCAAAAUUAUAAUUGUGUACCUCAAGAUCUGAAAGAUGCUGGAUGGGAUCGUGCUUAUAAAAUAACCGAAUAUAAUUCUUUUAAAAGUUUGAGUAAAAUUAUUUUAGAUGGAGAAUACAACAAACUAUCAAGGAAAAGAAAGAUUAAAUUUACAAUUGGGAAGGAAAAGGUAGACAUAUUUGCUGAUAAACAGGAAUUAGGAAAUGAUAAGAGCUAUAGAUUUAUAUUUACUCCUAAGGGCAACCUUUCAGUCCUAGGAAGUAAUUACAUGUUUGCCAUAAAUUUCAAUAGUAAUGAACCUAUAUGUCCUGAUGAUCCUGAUCCUGAAGUUCCACGGGAUUGUAAAAGACUUCAGGUAUAUAAGAAAUGCACACAAACCAACAAAAAUUCACAAGAAAAAUGCAGAGAAAAUCUAGAUAUUCUUGCUUUUCGAAAAUCUCUUAAAUACGACACCAAACACCCAAAUAAGAUUGACGAAUAUUUUCUUCGUUCAUUUACGGGUGAACUUUAUGAUGGAAUUAUUGUAUACUUUGAAAAAAAAAAAGCAAGACGACCAAAACAAUAUUGUGGAUUACAUGAAUACAAUAACAAUAAGGUAUUACUUUUGGAGUUUAUUGAGUCAUCUAAACCCAAAAAACACCUUAAGAGAAAGGAUAGUGAAGGUUAUUGCUGGGUUGAAGAUUCGAUUAAGUACACUAGUGAUACAGAACUGUCGACUUGUCUGGGUGAAAUUCAACAAGGACUUGAUCAAAACGCAGUUACAGUCAUUAUUGAUGAAAAAAGACAAUACAACGGUCUUGAAGGCUUCGAAUCUGGUGGAACAAACAAAGUUUGCAAAAAAUACACAUACAAGUUUAAUAAAGCUAACAAUCCUAUCAUUGUAUUUGCAAGAUCCACAAUAUCAAUCACUGCAAAAGGCUUAAAGGAUGUCAAGGCAAAACAUGUUGAAGUGUAUUAUUUGAAUGCUGGUGGUAAAGAGGAUACACAACCAUUUUUAAUAGUGUUUGAUGAAAAAGGUGAUGGUAAAGAAAAAAAAAACAAUAAACCUUACCACUUUACCAAUUCUGAAAAGUUCGAAGAAUGGAAACCUUUUGAAUUUAAAAAUGGUGAGGAAAAUUUAAAAGAUGAGAAAUUGAUCGAAAAAUUAGAACUAAAAAUAAAACAAAUAGAGACAAAUGGCGGCUGCAUACCUAAUUUAACUUUACUUAGAUGGUACGCACAUGAAAUUUUAAUUGGUAAAGAACCUGAUCCACCUACAAAAGAAGAAGAAGUAACUCCUCAGAAACCAAAACCAUUUGACCCACCUCCAAAAGAGGAAACUUUACCUAUAUGGCUGAUUGUUGGUUGUGUUGCAGCAGGAGUAGUUUUAAUAGUUACUUUAGUCGUUGUUUAUGGUAUCUAUUGGUACAACACAACUAUCAAACUCUUAACAUAA